AUGUACCCACAGAGCCUGGACGUGGCCAACAACCAGCUGAGGGAGCUGCCCGCCGCGCUGGCCGACUGCCCCCGGCUGAAGGAGGCCAACUUCAGGGGCAACCAGCUGAAGGACAAGCGGCUGGAGAAGAUGGUCAACGGCUGCCAGACGAAGGCCAUCCUGGAGUACCUGCGGGCCGGGGGCCGUGGGAAGGGGAAGGCCGAGAGUGCCAGAGAGGAGGCCAGGAAGAAGAAGAGGGAGAAGCAGCAGAAGAAGGAUGGCAGGGAUGGGGAGCAGGACGAGCUGGAGGAGGCGAGCAAGCUGCUGGUGAAGGUUCUGCACGUUUCCGAAAACCCUGCGCCCUUGGUGGUCAAAGCGAGCCCGGGCGUCAAAGAUGUUCGACCCUUCAUUGUGUGCUGCGUGCUGAAGGGAGUGAACUUAAAGGCGGGAAACGCUCUGAAGAGGUUCCUGUCCGUGCAGACUAAACUGCACGAAGACAUCUGUGAAAAGCGGACAGCAGCCACAAUUGCCACCCACGACUUGCAGUUGAUCAAAGGUCCUCUGGUAUAUGAUGUUCAGCCUCCUGAUGAACUGAAGAUAAUGCCCCUGGGUCGAAAGGAGAUCAAGGCAAAGGAUCUUCUCCAUCAGCUGCAGUCAGAAGCUGAGGAGCAGAGGAAACAGAAGAAGCGUCAGAAUGUUUCUGGGUUGCACAAGUAUCUCCAGUUAUUGGAUGGCAAAGAUAACUACCCGUGUCUCGUGGAUGCCGAAGGCAUUGUGAUUUCUUUCCCACCAAUAACCAAUAGUGAGAAAACAAAGAUUAGUAGAGACACCCGUAAUCUAUUUCUGGAAGUGACAAGCGAUACCAGUUUACAGAUCUGCAAAGAUGUCAUGGACAUGCUAAUUCUGAAAAUUGCAGAACUGAACAGAUUUACCUUGGAAAAUAAGGAAGACUCGGGCUCGGAUAAUGAAUCUGAUGCUCUUUGUGGACCAGGGAAUUUGAACCCCAGCCAAAAUGUACAGCCGAUGAAUUUUCCAUUGGUAGUGGAGCAGGUUCGAGUGGUGGACACAGAUGGAAACUUGAAAGUACUUUACCCUUCAAAAAUGGACCUAACCACAGUUUCCUCUCUUCUGACUGUAAUACGUUAGCAGCUAGCAAAGCUAAGAAAAUUAUUCAAUUCUCUUUUUUUUUUUUUCCGUAUUCAACAAUGCAACUCGUACGCAGUGAGGUGGUUUGCCUUUUUUAAAGAAAAGGUGCAGUGCAUCCUGCCUGGGUAUGUGAAAACUUCAAAAUUUGAUCAAGCUACGGCAAGGAAGUAUUGCAUUCUUUCAGCCUUAAUAGAAAGUCAUCAGCAUUCUGACUAGGUAGAGAUAACAGCAUCUUCAAAUGUGAACUUAAAGGCAGAGAAGGUAUUUGAAGUCAGAAUGCGUUAACUUGUAGAGAAAAUCAUUAUGACAUCUUAGCAUUUAUAAAAUGAGUGCUGUCAUUUUUCUGUAAGAUCACUAUUUCUUCCUGGUAUGUUUCAGCUGGAUUAUUAUUUUGGCAGCUAAACUGAGAAAUCCAGUAGGUGACAGCAUUGAGACUAAGUCACGUGCUAUGUACCAGUACUGAAGUCAGAAUGCAAAACUACUUUGCUAACGUCUCAUUCUGCAUAAUAUUAUUUUUAUAUCUGGAGUAAUUGUGAAAAUUUAAUUGCUGUCAGAACUUGAGGAAUGAGUUUUAAAGUGACGUUAAUGCCUGAACCCAGAAACCACAGCUUCCGUUUUUAAGUGAAGUCAGUUGCAUUGACUGCAGGGGUUUGUGUGUCCCAGUACCUUUCAGAGCCAUCAUCCAUCCUUGUGGAAAUGCCAGUUGUAGUGACCUUGUGUACCCAUUGAGUUACUGUUGAUCGAGCACUGAAUUUAUUCUUGGUCGUGAAGUUCAGUUCUGUUCAGAGAGCUAAUGCUGCCUUACAUCGACACUACUAAAGCUCCCUGUCUCCCCAGAAUAUAAGCACUCUCGCCUAGCGUGACCCUCCUGGGGCUUUUUGUCACACUGCCAUGUGAAGAGUGUUGGGGACACCUUCCAGAAUACAGGUAGCUGGAGUGGUUCUAAUGUUUGUCUAAUAAAUCUGUGGGUGACUUUUACAUCCAGGCUACUACCUGUAUGAAUGCAAACCUCUCCAUAAGCUGGGGUGACCUACAGAUUGACUUUUUUCUGUUAAAAAUGAGAGCGAGCUCUAACUGAACUUCUAGAUACCGUGUCAAAUAUGUUCACGUGUUGGGACUUGCAUAUUGAAUGGAAAAAUAAAACAGUUCUUGCAGUCAUACGUCACUG